AUGGAGUUGAAUGAAUAUACCGUGCAAUUGACUCUCUACAAGGUUAUACAGUACAUCCAGUUUUUACAGGAGAAGAUGCAGAUGUAUGAGGGAACAUACCAAGGUUGGAGUCCGGAGCCCUCAAAAUUGAUGCCGUGGAGAAACACUAGCGGGCCCGCAGAUAGCUUCAUUGAUCAAUCUCAACUCAUGAAGAAUGAUUCUGGUCAUGAGGAUAAUACUUCUAUCAACCCGGCAUUGCUCACUAAUGCUCAGAACUCGUUAGAAUCUGAUUUUGGUGGGGCUGCUGCAUAUAAAGCAAUAGAUCAUUCCUCUGGGGCAGUGACCCAAGCAAUUCCCUUUAAUAUGCCAUUGCAACCAAAUUUGUUUGAUGCUGUUCCUGCCCAAUCUCCUCAGAGAUCUUUAUGUGAUGCUGAGCAUCUGGCUUCGGAGUCCCGAUCCCAUCUUUGGCAGGGUAGACCAUGUACAACUGAUUGUGCUGUUCCAAGCUAUGCUCCAAAUGAGCAGGAAGAGCUGAAAUCGGAAAGUGGAGAAGCUACCAUCUCAAAUGCCUGGUCCCAAGGGUUGGUGAAUACCCUAAGCCAUGCACUGCAGUCUUCAGGGGUAGAUUUAUCACAGACCAGCAUAUCUGUGCAACUUGAUAUUGGGAAACAAACAAAUACUGGACUGACAGCUACAACAUUCAGCAAAAAGGACCAUGAAAACCCUUCUCCUAACACUCUAGCAAUGGCGCACUAUGGGUUUGAAAGCAAUGAGGAAUCAAGUCGAGCUCCUAAAAGGCUCAGAACAGAAAAAGGCUAG